AAAAAAUAGGUAAAUACAAUUGCCGCUAUAUGUGUCAGGAAGCACACAAAACCGAUGGAUGUUAUGAACCCAACAGCUGGGAACUUUAUUGAAGAUGGCAGCAGAUAGCAGGAUUUAACAGAUGACACAAUCGCAAUGGCUACAGCCGUAGAUAUCUGUCGCCACCUGCACUGCCCCAUCUGUAAAAACCUGUUAGCCGAACCUGUCUCGACCAGUUGUGGACACACCUUCUGCAAGCGCUGUCUGGACCAGCACAUCAGCAUGUCCGACCCGCAGUGCGCGCUGUGCCUGGAGCCCAUGUCCACCAAACCCAGCGUGAACGCCACGCUCGAAGCGCUUCUGCGGGAGUUUCAUCAGACUCAAUUAUCCGACCUGAGCCUCUUCACCGGAGAAAGAGGCGAGGUUGCAUGUGACAUCUGCGGUGCAAGCCUCACAUUCAGAGCGGUCAAGUCCUGCUUGAUCUGUCAAAUGUCGUACUGCGAGCACCAUCUGAAGCAGCACCAGUCCACAGCGAGACUCAAGGGCCAUAAAUUGGUGAGUCCAGUGGAGAGGCUGGAUCAGCGUGCGUGCAGCGAACACGGCAGACCGCUAGAGCUCUACUGCCGACAGGGCGAGCGCUGCAUCUGUGCUUUAUGUGUGAAGACAGCCGGAGACGUGACAUCAGUUGAGACGGAGAGAGAGAGGAGACAGGCAGUACAACAAAAUACCAUUGAACAAUUGGAAAAGAUGAUCGGUCAGAGGCAAGACAAACUUGAGGAACUUCAGGAAACAGCCACAAACUGCCAGGCUCUGAUAGAGAGACAGCAGCAGGAGAUAAAGCAGGUGUUUGCUGCAGUGACAGAGACCGUGAGGAGGGCAGAGGGGGUGCUGCUGGCUCCUCUGGAGAAUGGAAGGAGGUCUUUGGAGAAAGAGAUGGAGGAGAAGACACAGCAGAUACAAAAAGAGAUCCUCAAAUAUAAAGAGAUCAUCACUUCUUUGAAUGACACUAAGAAUGAGGAAGAUGACAUCCUCUACCUCCAGACUUACCCGUGUGCGCCUGCUGAAUUCAAAGAUGAUUGGGCGGUUUCCAUUGACACUGAGCUAAACUUCGGCACAAUGAGAAUUUUAAAAGCAGCUGUGUUGGCUGAGAUUGAGUCAAAUCUCGAGGAACUUUGCACUGUUGAAAUUCAAAGAAUUCAGAAGUUUUCAGUGGACGUGCUUCUGGAUGCAGAAACGGCACAUCCACGCUUGGAGGUGUCUCCAGACGGCAAAACCGUGAAAGAUGCUGGAGAAAUUCAGGAGAUCCCGGGAAGCCCCACACAGUUUGAUCGGGUCGGGGGGAUCCUAGGAACUCCUCAGAUCAGGUCUGGAAGAGCAUUCUGGAUUGUAGAGGUGGGGCAGAUGGAGGGGUGGGAACUGGGCGUGGUGAGAGAUGGUGCUAAGCGGAAGGGUAAAAUCUCCUACAAACCCAGUGAGGGAUACUGGGCCAUCGUGCUCUUUGGUCAAGGCAUGUAUGGAGCUUUUGAAGAUACUCCAGUGCAGCUGCAGCUCUCCAGAAAACCCCAGAAGGUGGGAGUGUUUGUGGACUGUGAGGAGGCGCUGGUCUCCUUCUAUGAUAUGGAGGCUUCAUCACAUAUUUACACAUUCAAUAAGUGCAGCUUUUAUGAAGUGAUCCGUCCAUAUUUUAACCCAUAUCACAACAAUGGGAAUAAUUCAGCUCCAAUGGUCAUUUGCUCUGUCAAUCAAACUGACAUCUGUAUGUGAGGCAUUUGGUCUAAAGCAUAAGGGCUAAUUUUAUGAUAUAGAAUGCAACGGUCUGAUUUAAUUUUUCCAUAGGUGAAUCAAUUUUUAAUAACUUAUAAACCUUUAAAGGCAGACAUACCGUGAGCUCUGAAGUUGUUUAUCAAUGAUACAGUGUAUGCUUUUGUUGAAGCCAUCAGUCUUUGCUAUUUCAACAUAAUUUUCCUAAAUAAUGUGUUUUAAUAGCAGAAUUCCUGGUCAGGAACUACACUACCCAUAAUCCUAAACAGAGAUCCACCAAUCAGAGAAUCACAGUGAACAAAGUGUGCCAAAAGAGCUCUGCAGCAACCGCACACUCCCAUGACGUACUGUGAAUGACGCAAUUGAGUCCGCCUCCCUACAAUCUCAAACUACCUACAUUUUUGUAUAUAAAUAUUUUGCAAUAAACAUAAAAUAUAUUGUGUAUAUGCUUAAAAUCAACAACUUCAAAUCAAUAGUGUAAUAUUUUUUAUAAUUUUUAAUUCGAUUAUGUCUUUCGCAAUGCCUCAUGGGAUUGUUGUUCAUUCCCUCAUGAAAUAAUCUAAGUGCACAGUCUUGUGCCUUUGUCUUUUUGUCUGAUUUUCGAAUAGUUUUUUGCCUCAAAGCAUUGUUUGUGAUGUUGUGAUUCACCUCGGAGCUGUUUGGUUUGGCUCAUGGUGCACAAAUCUUUUGUGAAGGAUUUUAUGAAAUCCCUAUGGAAAAAAUGAAUGGGAAAAAUACUUCCAGAACCAAGAUGGCUGAAAAUGUGGGCUGGAGCUGUUGCACUCUGUUGAGACAAUGAAGGCUCAGGAUGUUUAGAAUUGACUUCAUUUAUUUUAUUUUAUGUUUUUAUAUUCAUUUCUUUCUUUCUUUUAUGGACUAUACUUUAAGUACCUUGGAAUACCAUACACAGUAAAUACCACAGUACAUGAAUAUGGUAAUCAUAUAGUUCCAUGGCAAAUACCAUGGUAAUACCAUCUGAUGUCAUCACUGUACCAUGGUAUUGCCAUAGAGGUUUUAGCAUUCAUUAAUGUUGUAUGUUAAUAAGAACAGUAUCCUCCUUGUUUUAUUUGCCCAAUAUUCUACUACACUAAAAUGUAUAUUUACACAGUCCGUGUGUCGUCACAUCCAGCUCCGAAUAGAAACGUAACCAAACAUCCGCCCAUCGAUCUGUCUAUGGACGACCGCAGUUUUUCCAAAUAAAUUAGGCCAACUUGGAUGCACUUAGCAGUAAAAAUCAGCCAUUUAAUCGUUUAUUUGAGGUAACUCAGCACGUCACCAUGUGUUAUCAAGCACUUUAAUGUAUAAUAGUAUCUGAGCGAGGCGAUUAUCAGUGCAGUUUUCCCAGUUCACGAGGAGCUGCACGUGCAGUUCAGCUUACU